GUUCCCCGCCAGCCCGCCACUCUGAUUCGGUCCGCUUCGACAGUUGUGCGCUACGUUGAGUAUACUACGCUCGCUGUUGUCGGACUGUGAAUACGGACGGAAUGUGUGCCGCGUCCAUACGGUGCUGAAGUUUAGUGACAGUGUUCGUUUACUCACCUACGUAUUUAUUUUAAGUUUGCUGCCGAUUCACAUUUAGCAGAGAAUGAUGGCACCCGAGACAGUGGUGACUGUGGAUCACAACAAACCUGCUCUCGUCUCCUCCCCUCCGCAACAAGGUGGUGGUGCGUUGGACUGGAUCAAAAUUAACAUUGACUACUUUAAAACUCCACCUGGGUUAUUGAAAAUCAUUCAAUUAGUAUUAGGUAUACUAUGUAUGGCUUUGGGAUCGCCGUGGUAUUCGACAUGGUUCGUGUUUGUAGCCGUCACGAGUUUCAUCACCACCCUCAUGUGGAGUUUCGUUUACUUCUUAAGUAUUAAAGAAGCACUAAAACUACCCAUUAAUUGGGUGCUAUCUGAACUGAUUAGUAACGCGCUGCAGUGUUUCAUGUAUCUGUUGGCAUUUAUUGUAAUGUUCAUAGCAACGGCAACUUAUUACGGUUCAUACCAUGCAAGCAAUGUGGCUGCUGCUGUAAGUAUUCAUAUCAAAUCCUAGCUACCAUUUUGAAAGCAAC